AUGCCGCUACUCAUUACUUGCAAAGAAAAGAUUGACACGUUACGCCCAGUCCUCUGUCUCGGGUCAGAUGACAAUGGCUACGAGAAGCUAUACUGGGUCCCCAUCGCUGCAAACUUGCAAAAGGCGAGUAUGAGCAUUACUGCGAAACACAUGCAACUUGCGCAGAUCCCGGAUGUAUUGCGCCAGCUGAUAAGCUCUCUGAAAAGAAUCUGCCUUGGUUUUGCUCUCAUCACGAAUGCAUAG